CUUCCCUUUUCUGCAUGCUGUCAUUUGACUUCCGAGAAAAGCUUGGCCUAUCAUUGGUGUAUGUGUACUACAAUGAGAGGCGAUAUCACUGUCUGCUGGUCAUGUAUUCCUCCAUCCACCAUUUCUCGGACCUAUUCGCUGUCUAUAAAAAAACACAAAAAGCACACGACCUCACGUUCCCUCGCGUUUCUAUCUCCCCUCUUUCUCCUUCCGAAACUUAUUAAAAAAAAAUCUACCAUGGCAGUUGAAACCGAAGCCAGCACUCCAUUGCAGCGAAUGGUAAGCACACCGCAGUCCAUUCCACACUCUCAUAGCAACACUUCCACCAAAGACCGCAGCGGAAUCUCUCUAGAUGUUCCCACUUGCUCUACCGAAAUUGAUCUCACGGUUUUGAAAGGCCCGGCACUCGAAACCGCUGUAACCAAGCUACUAAGAACAUUGUUUCCAGGGCUAGUUAGCCCACAUCAAAAGAUUGCCAUGGAGCGAGUGAGUGGCGCCUUGACAAAUGCGAUCUAUUUUGUAACGGUCGGUAAAAGUAAACUGUUACUUCGAGUAUACGGAGUCGGAUGCGACGAAUUCAUUGAUAGAACAAACGAGCUUCGGUGGUUGGCACGCCUGUCAAGACUCAAGCUUUGUCCGCGCUUAUUGGCCAUUUUUGGCAAUGGCCGAUUUGAGGAAUACCUGCCCUCCACUACACUCACUGCAAGUGACAUUCACGACCCAAUGAUAUCUCAACAACUGGCGCUGCGAUUCCGUCAGUUACAUUCACUUGUCCAUGUAUAUCCACUAGCCAUUUCAAGCAAUACUACUAUUUCUACAUCGUUAUCCGUGUGGCAAUGCGUGGAUCGGUAUUUUCAUGCUUUACAGCAGUCAGCAGCUCAAAUGCCAGAACAAGUCAAUAUGGCAGCUUUAGGUCACGAGAUUACCAUGGCCAAAUCGAUACUGACCGCGGUGGAUAGUCCGAUUGUAUUUGCCCACAACGACGCGCAGUACGGAAAUGUUCUUCGUUUGACUGGAUCCAAUGAUCUGGUAAUGGUCGACUUUGAAUACUCUGGAUACAAUCCGCGUGGGUAUGACUUUGCCAACCAUUUCUGUGAAUGGAUGUACGACUACCAUAGCGAAACUCCUGAGAGUAUGGACCCCAGCAUGUUUCCUUCUAUUGACGAGCAACGUCGUUUUUUGACUGCUUAUGUCACUGCUACUGGUGCUGAUAACAAUAAUAAACAGCAGAUGAUGAUGAAGAAGGUGGGGGAUGUUGACGCGCUUCUUCAAGAAACUUCAGCAUGGCUCAUGGGGUGCCAUCUUCAUUGGGCACUGUGGGGUUUUGUACAAGCGACUCGAAGCGAAAUUGAUUUUGAUUACUGGUCAUACUCUCUCCAACGUCUCCAAGCGUUCCGUAAAGAACUUGCUUUUUACAAGUAAUUUAUUUCAGUCUUCAUCUUUUUCAAACCUGCACUCGAUCCCUUGCUACCCCUUCUUCCUCAUGAUUCAACAACUAUAAUUCCGAUCUAUCAUGUAUAUCUUGUUUAGCUAUCACCCUCUAUACUACAAAGUCGCUGAGCGUACUACCCACAUAUGUAAUAAUCUCUCCUAUGUUAAUAAUAAACUAUAUAUACUUUGUACAUUUUAC